AUGGCCAUCGAGAAUGAAAUCCGACAAACGGUGAGUCCAUUAGACUUCGUUCCACCUCUCAAUUACGUCCGCCUUGUAUUCCCCCUUCCCCUCUAUCCCAACGCCGACGACAAGCUCGUCUUCACCGAUCUCCACCAGGCACUCCACAAGACCUUUGUCCAAGAACCAUGGGCAAGCGGCAAGGCCUACCGCCAAUCACCCAGCACACCAGGAUGGCGACCAGGGCAAAUUGAAAUGCGCCAUCGACAGUACUCACUAAACGACCCACUCCCGUACCAGCUGCGGUAUCUCAAACUUGAAACAGACUGGUCAUACAAUGACUUCAAAGCCGCCGGGUUCCCGAGUGAUAUCUUCCCCGAAGAAAUUCUCCUGCUGGAUGCGCCAUUUCUAGGCGACGUCGACGUCGCAGGUGCCGAUAUCUUCUUAGCACAAGCGAACUUCCUCACCGGGGGCGUUCUGCUCGCUUUGACGGUAUCGCACUCGACAAUGGAUGCUGGCGCCAUGAUCGGGUUGAUGAAGCUGUGGGCUGAGAAUUUCCGCGAGCUGCGCGGUCGCGACGAAGGGAAUCAAGUCGCGCCCUCGCCGUACACGUCCAUCGACCGAGAUCACGCCCAGCCGGAUCGGAUCUGGGAAAGGGAAACUGCCCAGCGGAUCAUGAAAAAUAGUCCCGACGACCCGUGGCUGCGAGCAUUGGUCUGUUUGGACCUGGGCCAAGAUGGCAACCCCGGCAAAACCCAGAAAGUGAUUGAAGAAGUAGACACGGGCGAGCGAAAGAUGUUAAACAGGGUCGUCUUUCUCUCCGGACCGGAUCUCGCGGCCCUGCAGAAAGAAUGCGCCGCAGAAUCCUCGCUCCCCGGCGCGCCUCCGCUCUCCAUCAGCGACGCCAUCCAAGCGCUCCUUUGGCGGGUCCUGAUGAAAGCCCGGGUAUCAGCAGCCGGAGCACGAUCGGCCCCACUCCGGGAUGAUAUCUCUGUGUUUGAGACCCCGGUAGAUGUGCGCAGCACGUUCGGACAAGGGUUCCCGCCCGCAUACCUCGGCAAUUGCUUCCUGAUGAACACGGCCCGCAUGCCGCUAACUGAGCUCCUGGCGCCGUCGACUUCACUCGGUCGCAUUGCACAGGCUAUUCGGCAGGGUGCGGCCCGGUUGGAUGGAGAGGCUGUUCAGGAUGCGUAUGGUUUGUUGCGAGAGACUGGCGAUCUCUCGCGCGUGCAGGGUCGCUUUGUGGAGAGGCCGGACUCUUCUGAUGUUUUGGUUUCAAAUAUCAUUUUCUUGCCGUUGGAGGAGAUCCGUUUUGGGGAUCAAUAUUUCAGUAAUGGCGGUAUGCCGCAGGCGCUUCGCGUUCUACAUGGACAAUAUGCUGCGCGUGUGAGACUGGCGCAUGUGCUUCCGAGGAAUAAGAAGCACGGUGGUAUUGAAGUGAGUGUGAACCUGUUUGAUGAUGAGUUUGAGUAUCUUGAUAGGGAUGCGCAGUUCAAUCGGUACCUGGUUUCGAUAGCGCCGUGCAAGCGGGAGGCGGACUAG